GUCUCCCAUCGCUGCCCCGUCACCGCCCCAUGCCCGCCCCGCUGGGUGGCGGCUUGCCCUGUGGGCUGCCCUCAGUUAAGAUGGCGGCAGGCGCCGGAAGCGGAAGGGGCGGGGGAGCGGGCGCACGUGGAGCCGGGAGCAGCAUGGCGCGGAGCGGGCGGCUCCGCUCAGGGGCCGCGGCCAAGCUCAAGCGGUGGCGGAAGGGCCACAGCAGCGACUGCAACCCCGAGACCCGCCAGCACCGCCUGGCCGCCCGGAGCCGCUUCUUCAGCCGGCCCGCGGAGAAAAGCAACUUGACGGUGGACGCGGUGAAACUGCACAAUGAGCUGCAGUCGGGGUCCCUGCACCUGGGGCGGGCAAGUGACAGCGCUCAGCUCCACAUGGAGGAGGAGGACACUGCGGAGGUGGCCACAGAGAAGUCCUCUGGCACCUUCCUGAGCGGGCUGAGCGACUGCACCAACGCCACCUUCAGCAAGGUGCAGCGCUUCUGGGAGUCCAACUCCGCCGCUCACAAAGAGAUCUGUGCCGUGCUGGCAGCUGUGACAGAGGUGAUCCGCUCCCGGGGGGGAAAGGAGAGUGAGACCGAGUACUUUGCUGCACUGAUGACCACGCUGGAGGCAGUGGAGUCUCCCGAGUCACUGUCUGCUGUCGCCUACCUACUUAACCUUGUCCUAAAGCGGGUCCCGAGCCCUGUUCUUAUUAAAAAGUUCUCGGAUGCCUCAAAAGCCUUCAUGAGUAUUGUGUCCUCGCAGGCCUGCAGCAGCUCCACCUCUGCCCUGCGCUGGGUUCUCUCCUGCCUGGCCACGCUGCUGCGGAAGCAGGACCUGGCAGCCUGGAGCUACCCUGUCACCCUCCAGGUCUAUCAUGGCUUGCUGAGUUUCUGUGUCCAUACUAAGCCCAAGGUGCGAAAAGCAGCCCAGUACGGUGUGUGCUCUGUCCUGAGGGGCAGCGAGUUCAUGUUUGGCAAUGCAGCCCCUGAGAAUCACCCUGCGGCACCCUCUACUGCCAAGUUCUGUGUGCAGGAGAUUGAAAAAGCUGGAGGUGCCAAGGAGGCCACCACUACCCUGCACAUCCUUGCCCUGCUGCGGGACAUUCUGCCGUGCUUUCCUGCAGCCAUGGUGAAGACCUGCUGCGAGACCUUGCUCCGUGUCAUGACCCUCAGCCAUGUGCUGGUGACAGCGUGUGCCAUGCAAGCCUUCCACAGCCUCUUCAGUGCCCAGGCCAGCGUGGCCUGCCUGCCAGCCGAGCUCAACGCCCAGAUCAUCACUGCCCUCUAUGACUACGUGCCCAGCACAAGUGACCUGCAGCCGCUGCUGACCUGGCUGUCUACCAUGGAGCGGGCGCACAUCAACCUGGGCAGGCUGCAGAAGGACCUGUGCUGGGCUCACCUGCCCCGGCUCUUCUCUGCUGCCAUGAACUGCUUCCUCUCCCCACACUCCCAGGUGGUGUCGGCAGCGGCGCAGACCCUGGAGACCCUCCUGAGUGAGUGCAUUGCGCCCCACAUGGAGGACCUGGGCACUGUCUCUGCAUCUGCCCCAGUGCCUGCUGCCUACUUGUGCAAGAUGUUCAAAUCAGUGGAGGAAGGACUGACAUACCGUUUUCAUGCAGCGUGGGAUGAGGUGCUGCGGGUGCUGGAGAUCUUCUUUGAGACAUGUGGGAAGCAGUGCCAUCCCAUCAUGAGGAAGUGUCUCCGGUCCCUGUGUGACCUGCGUCUCUCCCCACACUUUCCCUACACCGCUGAAGUGGACCAGGCAGUGGGGGCUGCUGUGAGCACCAUGGGCCCUGAGGUGCUGCUGGAAGCUGUGCCCCUGGAGAUUGACGGCAGGGAGGAGACGCUGGAUUUCCCCCGCAGCUGGCUCCUGCCGGUGCUGCGGGACUAUGUGCAGGGAACACGGCUUGGCUUCUUCACCAGCUACUUCUUGCCCUUGGCAGCCGCCCUGAAAAACAGAGCCCAGGAGUUUACCCAGGCUGGGAAGACUGUGGAGGCCAAACUCUACGACACGCUGCAGUGGCAGGUUUGGACUCUGCUGCCUGGCUUCUGCACCCACCCCACAGACGUGCUGGGGGCCUUCAAGGGGCUGGCCCGCACCCUGGGCAUGGCCAUCAGCGAGCGCCCAGACCUCCGCCCCACCGUGUGCCAGGCCUUGCGCACCCUCAUCCACAAAGGCUGCGAGACAGAUGCAGAGCGGGCAGAAGUGGGUCGCUUUGCCAAGAAUUUCCUGCCCAUCCUGUUCAAUGUGUACAGCCAGCCUGAGGAGGACGGGGGCAGCAGUGCUCAGCGCCGCUCCGUGCUGGACACUGUUCGUGCUUACCUGACCAUCACCGACCCCCAGAUGGUGUGUGGGUUCCUGGAGAAAGCCAGUGUGAAGCUGACCAGUCCUGAGAGCUCUGAAUUUGCCAGACUCUCCAUCCUGGAUCUAGUGGUAGCAAUGGCACCCUAUGCUGAUGAGCAAUCCCUGGACUCCCUGUACCGCACCAUCCAGCCUUCCCUCCAGAGCAAAGAGCGCAGCGUGCAGAAGAAGGCAUACCGUGUGCUGGAGGAGGUGUGCGCCGCUUCCCACGCUCCCUGCCAGGCCUUUGUCCGCUCCCACCUGCAGGACCUGCAGACAGCACUGCUGGAGUCGCUCAAGAGUGCAGCAUCCCCAGCCAAGAGGCCUCGGCUGAAAUGCCUGUUCCACAUUGUGAAGCAGCUUUCAGCAGAGCACGAGCCUUUCGUCACUGCCCUGGUCCCAGAGGUCAUCCUGUGCACCAAGGAGGUGUCAGUGGGGGCCCGCAAGAAUGCCUUCAUGCUGCUUGUGGAGAUGGGGCAUGCCUUCAUCCGCUUUGGACCCAACCCUGAAGAGGCCAUGCAGCGAUUCCUGCUCCUCAUCUACGUGGGGCUCACUGGCUCAGUCACCAUGAUCAGCUGUACCGUGCUGGCAUUGACUCGCCUGUUCUUCGAGUUCAAAGAUCACCUGGAGUUCAGUGUGGUGGAGCAGCUCCUGCAGAACAUCUGCCUGCUGCUGGCCUCCCGCACGCGGGAUGUGGUGAAGGCGGCCCUGGGCUUCCUCAAGGUCACGCUGCUGCUGGUGGACACCAAGCUGCUGGCCAAGCACGUGCAGCCGAUGCUGGAGGCCGUGGGGAACCUUUCAGAUGACAUGAGGCGCCACUUUCGUAUGAAGCUGCGAAACCUCUUCAUCAAGUUCAUCCGCAAGUUCGGCUUCGAGCUGGUGAAGGGGCUGCUGCCAUCUGAGUACCAUAAGGUGCUGGUGAACAUCCGCAAGGCAGAAGCCCGGAACCGCAAGCAGCGUGCCCUUAAGCGGGCGGCUGCAGAUACGGAUGAGGAGGAGGCACCACCAGCACAGCCCAAAGGAGACAGCAUGGAAGAGAUCCUGGCUGACUCGGAGGAUGAGGAGGAGGAAGAGGAGGAACGGCAUCGGAAUAAGGAACGGAGGAAGCAAGCACGGCAGAAGGGCCAGGCCUGGUUGAAGGAAGGGGAAGAGGAUGAGCCCCUCAACUUCCUGGACCCCAACGUGUCCCAGCGGGUGCUGGCAACCAAGCCAGGCCCAAAGCGAUCCAGAGGAGUGAGCCACGACUUCCAGAUGUCUGAGGACGGACGCCUGAUCAUCCAUGAAGAGGAGGAGGAGAUAGAUGAUGAUGAAGCCAAAGGAGCAGACGAGGAGAUGGCAGAUGUGCUGCAAGAUGUGGGUCUCCGCAGUAAGAAAAACCAGAAGCGUCGGUUCAGAGAGGAGCCAGAUGACGAGGAAGCCGAGGCUGGAACCUACUCUCAGUACAGAGCUGGAGGCUCUGGGAUCCACCGUCCUUUGAACAAGGAGCCAGCCUUCGGUGCAGAAUACAGAUCCAAGAAAGGUAAAGGCGACGUGAAGAAGAAGGGCCAGCUUGAUCCCUAUGCCUACAUCCCCCUGAACAGAGCUAAACUCAACAGAAGGAAGCGGGCAAAAAUGCAGGGCCAGUUCAAGGGCCUUAUGAAGGGAGCCCAGCGUGGGGCCAAGGCCGGCCGCAGGAACCGUGUGAAGUCCCAGCGUUCCUGAGGAGCCUCAGGUGCUUGACCUGCCCCUACCCAACGACAGACAACACUCUGUGGCCUCUGGAGGACAGGGGAUUUGUGAGCGGAGCAGCCAGGACUCCUCUGCAGAAGGUGACCUGCAUUUGUUUAAGACUCCCUGGGAGGCCACUCCAUCAUGUUAUGGACUGAAGACCCAAGCCAUGCUUUCCUGUGCCUGAAGGAAGUGCUGGGUUGCCUGGUGCAGAUGUGUGUGUGUGAGAGCAAGUAAUGUGUAAAGAAUUUAUAUUGAUAAAUACCCACUGUUCCUACCCAGCCCAGAUUCCUCCUCUCCUUCUCUUCAGAGCUGUGCACACCCGUGCUCUGCCUGCUGUCUUGGUGCAGUGGGUCCUUCUGCUUUUGCAGCGCUGAAUCCCACAGGGCUCACACCAGCAUCAGCUUAGGACCUGGAGCCUCACUCCUAACUGGGCUUGCCUGGGAGCUGCCAGAAGCAGUCCUGUGGCACAGAAUAGUGGGGCAGUGCCUGUGCCCUGUGCCUCCCUGGCACACAUGCCAGUGGUGGCUGGGGUGUGGAGUUGGCCAAAGAACGAAACCAGAGAGGGUGAAGUCCUUUGCUUACAUCCAGCUUUCUUUUACAAACUCCCUCUUGGCAGGAUCUUCUGUGUAAAACUGUGGCCAGGGAAUCUGUGCCAUGGGGAAAGUGUCUGCCAUUUGGCUGCCAGUGUUUUCUGCCUCAGCUUUUCUCAUAUCAGCCAUGCAUGAUAGUGGGGCAGGAACACUUAACUGCAAAUUUCUUCAAAUUGGAUGAAAAACUGCUACAGCAAACCUCCACGUCUUGCCAUUUCUCUUACAUGUAAGAGCUGAGAUACCCUUUCCUCUGCUCUGACCACCUCCUGCCAGCUAGAUCUGAGGAGUGCAAAUAAUCCUGGACCUUUUUAGCUGCCCAGCCUUCUCACAUUGGACUGAGCAUUUUGUUUGGCCCAGCUACAUCUGCACUGAGCCCAGAAGAUGCUGUUUGGCCAAAGCUGCUGAACAGAAUGGAGCUGAGGGUAGUGGAUACGGGUCCCAUUGCUUGCACUACAAGGAACAUAUGCUGGCGUUCCUUUCCUCUUCUGUACUAAAAAAGCCUUCAAUGCUUUGUAAUUUCCUAUUGUGGCAGCUUACAUGCUGGAAUUGCAACGCUUCUCAGUUCUCUAAUAAGCUAAAGGGAUUGUGCUUGUUCAGCCUCUUACUGUAGGCUUCUUCCUGGAGGCUGCAAAUCCAGUUUUGUGGGUUUUUUAUGUGCUGUCUUUUUUUUCCUUUUUUUUUUUUUUUUCCCAAGAUCCUUUUAAAAGCCUGGAGAUGGAGGAGGAGCUCUUGUUCUGAUAUUGGCGCUGCCUUGUCAGGAGUAUUGUCCCCUUCAUGCUUUCCUACCCAGGCCUCUCACUUGGACCCUUGAGCCUCAGGACC